AAAAAAUACACGCGCGGAAAGCCAACAUUUUGCAAGGAUUUGUCCAGUGCCCGACUGAAAGUAGAGAGAAGUUAUUUUUUUCUUAUACCACAAGCUUUAAAAUAUCUAUUAGUAGCAAUAUUACAGUACCUAAUCUGUUUGAAAUGGUCAUAAUUCAGUCGAAAUGUUCUAGCUAACAAGUAAACGUUAGCACUGCUUACUCGAUAGCAAGUAGCUAGCUAUCUUCACAGCUUGCAGGGAAAUUAAAGCUUUAUAUAUGGCUAACUAACCCUUUCAUAGACGCUAAUUAAAGCUUUUACGAUCUGUAUUCACAAGUUAGUUACUUUGCUAGAUGUCUUCGGACUCAAUGUUUUGUGAAUUUACUAGCUGUAAUAGAAAUACACCUUGGAGUUCUAGUUAGUUACCUAGCUAACCUAGAUAGUUAUGAGUUUGCAUGGGGGUGUAGCUACCGUCCGGCAAACGGAAACGGAACAUCGGCUCUCGGACCAACAGGCUCCAAGACAGUUUCUAACCCCAAGCCAUAAUGAGACUGUUAAAUAGCCAGACUGCUACAUAGUCAAUUAAAGAUGCACUAUGCAGAAUUCGCUCCGCCAUUUCCUGAUUGCUAAAAUUCUAUUUGUUCGCCUAAUUUCAGUUUAUGUGACAAAAGAAGCAACUAUAUUGUAAAAUAUUGUAUUUUCAGCUGUUUGAAGCUGGUGUAGAAAACCGAAAGUAAAAGACGCAAAAAGGAAACUUAAGAACGGGAAGCAUAAAAAUUAUGUACAUAGAACAGAUCUACUGCUUCUUAUACUUGCUUUCAAUGAGAAUUACAGAUCUAUAACACACUUCUAUGUGGUCAGGUCCCCCAAAAAGUUACAUGUUGCACCUUAUUAAUGGUACCCGAACUAUCAGCGCAUACACUACAUUGACACUACCACACACAUUCACUUACACUACAUAUGCACACGCAGACCGACACCACACACAUUCACUUACACUACAUAUGCACACGCAGACCGACACAACACACACACUUUUACACUCAUUUGCUGCUGCUGCCCUAUUCUUUAUUUUACUCUUAUUAUUAUCUAUCCUGAAGCCUAGUCACUUUACCCUGCCUUCAUGUACAUAUCUACCUCAUACCUCUGCACAUUGAUCUUGUACUGGUACUCCCUGUAUAUAGCCUCACUCUUGUGUAUUUUAUUUUAUUCCUCUUGUGUCACUAUUUAUUUUUAAUCUGCAUUGUUGGGACGGGCUCGUAAGCAAGCAUUUCACUGUAAAUUCUACGCAAGUUGUAUUCGGUGCAUGUGACAAAUACAAUUUGAUUUGUAGCUUUUUGUCAUCAAAUAUGGUUUAUGUUGCUUAAGAGAUGCACGUUUCCCCCCUCCAUUGCACUAGCUAACUGACUGCCCUUUCCUUACUCAAAUUUAACUGGGUUACUUCUCUUUCUCCGAUUGUAGGGAAAUCCUUCAGUAAGAGACUCUAAUGACCACAAACAGUAGGCCUAACUCUCCUGCUAUUCUGAAAGGUAAAUGAUGUGUAAACUAACUUCAUGGUUUGGAUAGCUACAGCUUUUUCUUGUAUUUUCUCAUUUGUCUUUGAAUCAAGUAUGGAGGUGGGGUUUGAUCUUUUCCCUAGAUGUUGUUGCCUACGUUGACGUGUGGUCAUCGAGUAAAACAGAGAAUUACUCGAAAUCAUUCAUCCAGCAGCUGCAGGAUAUGGGAGCUGAGGUGAGUUACCCUUUUAUAUAUGGCUAACUAACCCUUUCAUAGAUGCUAACUGCAUUAGCACCUAUUGUCAAUAGUAUCUUCUGGUCGGAGGAGUUCUGUUAAGAUCCCAGACGCUCGUUCUGAAUGUUAAAACGCAUCGCUUGGGGUACGUUUUUGGAAACCUAAGGAAUGUAUCUUUCAUAUCGGCGAGAAGGAGGAAAAAAUAUGUUAAAUUACUACACAUCUUUAUAGGGUUAGUGUUCCCACAUGGCCAUAUAUCUCUGUUACAGCGUGUGUUUAGACAUAGGCGGCCACCUGUGCUAAAUAGCUAUCUAGUGUGCUCCGAACACCUGUGUGUAAGUGUAACUAGGGAGGAAGUGUAGUUCGUCAACUGGAGGUACACACAGCUUGUGGAUCUGUGCAAAACUGCUACAGUAAGUCUAUCUUUUUUAUUUGUAAGAUUCCUUCUCUCUGAUAUGAAAGAUAAGGAGCAUAUCAGCAUAUGUUUAGAAAGAAAAAAAAACGGUUUGAAAGUGAUGAUUAUUGACCUGUCUAAAUGUUAAAACAGCGUCGGAAUUGUAGUUCACUUGGAGCCAACCGUGGGCGAAUGUAACCGCUGAAAACCCUAUGUACGGAGAAGGGUUUUCGCGAGCUAAUGGCGAACUAACUACACAAGUUUGUUUUUGAUGACAUCCUGUGGGGUUCUUAAAACUAAAACUACCAUUCUUAAAGGAAAAAAUCCACUCAAAUCCACUAUCUUUUGGUAUUAUGAUGCAAAACAUAUCAUAAUGUGACACAUUCUGUUUCGAAAGUUCUCUAUCUUGACUGCUGACAUGCAAAACAUUUUGGGGACUGUAUCAACGGUGGACUAAUGAAACAAACACCAACAUAUAGUUUUUGAGUGGUAUUUUCCUUUAAGUAGUUUGAAAGGUUAUUACUAUGUAUACAUUUCACAUUGUGAUAUUUACCUGUAUCAUUCCAGGUAUCUAAAACCUUCAAUAAACAAGUCACACACGUAGUCUUUAAAAAUGGCCAUCAAGCCACCUGGAAUAAAGCCAAGAAGACUGGUGUGAGACUUGUGUCUGUCCUCUGGGUGGCCAGGUAAACCUCAAGCUUCAUUUACAUUUUUUUCACUUAGCAGACGCUCUUAUCCAGAGCGACUCACAGUAGUGAGUGCAUAUAUUUAUAUACUGGUCCCCUGUGGGAAUCGAACCCACAACCCUGGCGUUGCAAGCACCAUGCUCUACCAACUGAGCUACACGGGACUACAGUGUAAACGCUUUUUGGCCUUAAAGUGCAACAUCGUAGCAAUGACAACGAUGUGUCGUCAAUAUCUAUUGGUCUGUGUGAUGACAAGUCGGUGACCAUUUUGUUGUUUUUGCAAUUCUUACAUCAGCCACAAGGCGUCACUGACUGACCAAAUAAAAUAGCUGUGAGCUCUGUUAUUUAUACUGAACAAAAAUAUAAACGCAACAUGCAACAAUUUCAACGAUUUUACUCAAUUACAGUUUAUAUAAGGAAAUCAGUCAAUUGAAAUAAAUUCAUUAGGCCCUAAUCUAUAGAUUUCGCAUGACUGUGCAGGGGCCCAACCAUGGGUGGGCCUGGGAGGGCGUAGGCCCACCCACUUGGGAGCCAGGCCCAGCCAAUCAGUUUUUCCCGACAAAAGGGCUUUAUUACAGACAUAAAUAUUCCUCAGUUUCAUCAGCUGUCCGGGUGGUUGGUCUCAGACGAUCCCACAGGUGAAGAAGCCGGAUGUGGAGAUCCUGAGCUGGCGUGGUUACAUGUGGUCUGCGUUUGUGAGGCCGGUUGGACGUACUGCCAAAUUCUCUAAAACAACGUUGGAGGCAACUUAUGGUAGAGUAAUUAACAUUCAAUUAUCUGGCAAUAGCUCUGGUGGACAUUCCUGCAGUCAGCAUGCCAACUGCACGCUCCCUCAAAACAUCUGUGGCAUUGUUGUGACAAAACUGCCCAUGUUGCUUUACAUGUUGCGUUUAUAUUUUUGUUAAGUAUACAUUUUACAUUUUAGUCAUUUAGCAGACACUCUUAUCCAGAGCGACUUACAUGAGCAAAUCAAAUCAAAUUUUAUGUGUCACAUGCGCCGAAUACAACAGGUGUAGACCUUACCGUGCGUGGUCAGUAAUAUUUACUAAAUAAAGUAAUAAAAAAAUCUAUUAAAAAAAGUUACACAAUAAAAUAACAAUAAUGAGGCUAUAUACAGGGGGUACCGGUACCGAGUCAAAGUGCAGGGGUAAAGGUUAGUCGAGGUAAACUGUACAUGUAGGUAGGGGUAAAGUGAUUAUGCAUAGAUGAUAAACAGCGAGUAGCAGCAGUGUAAAAACAAAAAUUUGUGUUAAAUGCCAGUCAGCUCGGGGCCCAAUGCUUUUAACCGCUAGGCUACCUGCUGCCCCCAUGUUAUGCUGUCACUCAUGUUUGUUUAUUAAAUGCAGAUGUAAAGAUGAUGGUGAACAUGUUGAUGAAGAGUUGUGUCCGGCAUUAAAUGAUGAAGUCAAUUCAGCACUCAAGAAAAGGGUGGUAAGCAAAUGUAAAAUUCCCUGUUAGAUUAAAGGAUUCACAGUACAUAACUUCUCUUUGUUUAUCCUGUCAAGACAUUACUUAGCUCUCUGCAAUUCAACCAUUACUGCAUAUUUACCUUAUUUCUUUAAAAAGUUGAUUUAUAUUGUUGAGCAAGGACUUUUUUUUCCCUCCCAAAAAACAUGAAUAAUUAGGCUAUGAGGAGUAUUUUUAUUGAAGUUUUUCCUUAUCAAAAUUAAUGUUGUGUAUUUUAUUUUAUAUAGCAUCGUUGUAUGCAGCCAAGAGACACCCCUGAGAGGACCCCUGAGAAUGACAGGCGCAUGAAGAAAAAACUGGACAAGAUGAUCAAAGACCUAGUACCAAAAUCACCUCUUAGUAAGAAAUCUCUCCUCAUGUCAUACAUUCUAUUCCAAAUCUAUUCUAUUAAUUCAUAAUAUAUCGUAUUAUUAAUUUAAUAAUAUUAAUAAAUAUAUUAUUUUCUUUUUUUUAUGUGUGGCUGUGAUUUCAUAUGUAAAUAUAUUUCUGUGUAGUAACAGAUGUGUCCCCUUACAUUAUCGACGAAGAGAACGGAAUAGUUUACAGUCCUUCUAUGAAAAGGUCUGACUCCAUGGCACAGCGCCUGAAAGAAAUGAGGGAAACGAGGGAGAACCUCUCCCCGACAGGUAUGUUUUAUGUGCAUGGCCAAUUGUUUGAUGUGUAUAGUGUGUGUAGCAUCUGCAAAACAUGGGCCAGAGUUGGAAACUAUUGAGCUGAGAAAUAUUUGCAGACUCAAGUUAAAUCUUUCUCUCAGCUUCACAGAUGGGACAAUCUAGGUUAUCGCCUGAGUUUAAGCCUUCUCUUGGGAGUACACCGUCACGCUCUUUCUUGCAACACCUAGGUAAGUACAUAAGAUGUGUUGAUAGUGUCAAUUAACGUACAUUUUAUCAUGCUAGAAGUUUAUCAGUAUCUUUUGUUAUUCUCAUAAUGGCAUAUCUUUCCCCCGCAGAUGAAGAAUCGGAUGAGGAUCUUAAUGCGUCUUUUGGCUCAAAUAAGACCGAUGGAGAGAAGCAACAGGAAGCCACCAGUGAACCACAGCACAAGAAACACUUUCAGAAACCUUGGAAGUCAUCUUGCAGUGAUUUGCCCAGACAAAAGACAUUGGUUCAAAGUCCUUUACCCAAUUCACCGGCUAAAGGGAGUAAACAAGAAAAAAAUCCUAAGAGGACCUCAAUCAAACAUGAUGUCAUCAAAAAGCACAUCUCCUUAGAGAGUCCAUGCCUGGAUGACCGCCCGGAGUGUAGCAAGAGUGUGCAAUCAGUGUUUACAUUUGACAGUUUUCUACUGGGGACAAAUGGGCGAUCAUCCAGCAGAAUUAAUAUGUCAAAAGUCACACCACCUGUCAGAAAAAGCAGAACACCACAGUCCCUUCCAGAAAGUAAGCUAACUGCUAAUCUGGAGAUUUCUAGUCGCCGUUCUUCAAAAAUGUUACCAGAAAAACCCAAUGUGCCUCAUCAAACGUCCCUAAAGAUUACCACACUGAAAUCAAAAGUGAGCGAAUGUAGAAAAUCCUCACUUCCUGCCUUAGCAAGAUCUUGCACUGUCUCAAAAGGCUUCCGUGCCUCCUCCUGUGCGGAUGAUGAUGAUGAUGGGGUAUUUGUGGACUUCUUCUCUCCAGCUAACAACCCUGGGAGACAACGAAGCCGUCUUUUACCCAGCUUGCCCUCAGAGUCCAAGGUUCAGAUCCCCUUUGAACUGGAGCCUCAGCCUAGCCCUGGGAAGAGGAAGAGGGGCAAGAGUGAAACCACAGGGUCU